CUGUGUUUAUUUUGGCGGCAAAGAACUGUGGGUAAUUUUCAAUAUGGCGGACGACACGGCGCGAAACUCCUCGAAAAAAUGAAGAUCAAUAGCGAGGUUGCUCUCGUUGGAAACCAGAUUAUACUAGUGCCAUACAAGGAGAAACACGUUCCCAGGUAUCACGAAUGGAUGCAGUCUCCUGAGCUCCUUGAGCAAACAGCAUCGGAAAGACUAAUGCUGCAGCAGGAAUAUGACAUGCAACAAAGCUGGCUCAACGAUGAGAACAAGUGCACUUUUAUUGUCCUUGAUAAGCAGAAAUGGAAUGACAAUGGCAACAAUGAGAUAGAAAGUAUGGCGGGGGAUGUUAACUUGUUUUUUAAUGACCCUGAUGACUUGCAUGUUGCAGAGAUUGAAAUCAUGAUUGCAGAACCUUCUAGCCGGGGGAGGGGUCUGGGAAAAGAAGCUCUGCUUAUCAUGAUGUCAUAUGGUAUUUCAAAGCUCCACGUCAAUAGGUUUACUGCUAAAAUCGGUCAUGACAAUGAACCAAGUUUAUCUUUAUUUAAUAAACUAGGCUUUACAAAGAUAUCUGAGAGUGAGGUGUUCAAGGAAGUGACACUAAAGUUUGAUAGCAAUAAUUUUACCAAUUUAACUGCUGAUGUAACAGAACUGCAUUACCCUAUUAAAACCCAAGCUUGAUAGAUAA